AUGGAUGCUGGAUUACAACUAAGGUGGCACAGCUUAAGAUAUGGUGAGCUAGAAAGCAAGAGCCGCUUCAUAAACCAGUACUUUCUGCUAAUAGCAUGCCUUCAGUUAUGGUCUCUUAUUACUCCAGUAAAUCCUGCCAGUACAUGGGGUCCACUUGUUUUCAUUUUUGCUGUCUCUGCAACAAAAGAGGCAUGGGAUGAUUACCACAGAUUUCUUUCAGACAAGAAAGCGAAUGAGAAAGAAGUUUUGGUUGUGAGGCAGGACAUAAAGAAACAUGUUCAAGCACAGGAUAUUCAUGUGGGUAAUAUAGUAUGGCUCCGAGAGAAUGAUGAAGUGCCAUGUGAUCUGGUUUUGAUUGGGACAUCUGAUCAGCAAGGAAUGUGCUAUGUUGAGGUAAAUAUAAAAUCCUUGACAAGUAACUGACCAAGUUUGGUGCAAUAAGCAACACCCAGCCUUUACAUGAUUGAUGUUGUAAUGUUAGAAUAUCAUAAUAUACGUGGUGUGAUUGAGUGCCCUGUUCCUGACAAGGACAUUAGAAGAUUUGAUGCAAAUUUACGGUUGUUUCCUCCUUUUAUUGAUAACGAUCUGUGCCCAUUAACCAUUAAAAACACAAUUCUUCAGUCAUGUUACUUGCGGAAUACCGAAUGGGCAUGUGGAGUAGCUGUUUAUACAGGCAAGUUUGUUUAUUCUAGUUGUCAAGGCCAUAUUUUAAUGCAUACCUCUCUGUUCAUGCAUGCACAUAUUUGUUUUGUUUUGAAGCAAUAAGAAAAGGGAAGUUCUCAUAAAUGGUAA